AUGUAUUCGUUGGCAGUAAUGAUAGCUGUGAUUCAUUUUUGGAUAUCACUGUUGGUGAAUGGAACAAGUCAGAUUGCAGCAGCAGGUUUCCAUGCUUCUAAUGUUAAAAAAUCAGAUGGGUUAUACGACAUUAUGGCUGAUGAUGAUUCGUCUGUACAAUGGUCUACAUACUACCGGAACGGCAUUAGCGGAAAUGAAACGAGCGAUUUUUUUCAUUUUCUUGUUCGCACUGAUUAUGAUCAUCGGAAAGAACCGGAAAAUGAUGACGGAGAAGCGGUUAUAAUUAAUGUAUCAAUUGUUGUUAGCAAUAUUCGAGCUGUUUCUGAAGUUACUAUGAUAAUUAAGGACUAUGCUCUUGAAUUGUUUUAUCGUGAAUCAUGGCUGGACAAGAGAUUGAGUUAUCAGAAUCAUUUCAAAGAUCGGAAGAUAUCAUUACAUGAAAGUUACAUCAACUUCUUAUGGCAUCCGGACACAUUCAUGCCAAAUGCGGUCGCUUCCAAGAAUCCGCAAAAACAUUCAAUUUCACAUCGUUCUUUGCUAAGGUUGAGUGAAGAUGGCACAGUCCUCUACAGUAGACGUAUUUCCAUCGUGGCCGAAUGUCCAAUGGACCUGACACUUUUCCCAUUCGACUCACAAUUAUGUAAACUUGGAAUCGAAAGUUAUGGAUAUACAGCAGAUCGUGUGCGAUAUUCUUGGUCCAAAGACGUCAAAGCGCCGCUACUGCUGCACAAAAUCCGGUUGCCGGAUUUCCAAAUCAAAGAAGCUUAUGUGACGAGUGUUAUUGAAAAUUAUGCUACAGGCAAUUAUAGCAGACUUUAUGUAUGUUUUGUGUUUGAUCGUUCAUCGGGAUUUUGUCUGAUCCAAUUGGUAGUCCCAUCCACGGCAGUUGUCAUCACCUCAUGGGUCUCAUUAUGGAUGGAAAGCGAGACUGAAUUUCAGGAUAUGGUUUCAAUUAUACUGGCAAUAACAUUUUUGAUAUUCUCAUACAAUGAGAUGAUGCCUCGUGUAAGCUAUAUCAAAGCCAUGGAUAUCUAUCUUGGUGUAUGCUUUAUGGCUGUGUUUUUAUCUUUGAUCAAGAUUGCUCUUGUAAAAUUUAUGCGGCAGAAGCUUAAUAAAGAAAGAAAGCGAUCUUCCAUGGUUGCAUCGAUGCUAGCAAAGGUUAAUACGGCCACAAAUGAUACAUUUAAUGAGCCUGGCAUUGUUGUGGCAUCAUCGCGGACGACUUGUAUCGAUUUUGAUUUACCUUCUUUGCAGCAAAGAUCUUGUCGCUUGUCUAAUUCACAUACAUCAAUUUCAAUGAAUGAUCCAUGCGAAUUAGACCAUUAUUUGGAAAAACGACGACAGUUACGAUGUUUCACUUUAAAAUAUUUGUUGGAUAAUUGUCGAUUAUCAAAAAAGUCAAUACAGUUGUUCCAUUGGAUAUCUCAGAUGAUCUUUCUGAUAGCAUUCAUGUCAUUUUGUCUAUUCUAUUUUCUGUUAUAUCCCAACAUGCAUGUCAAAAUGGAAGAUGUCGAAUGCGAUCGUACAAAAUCAGAAUGGUUCGCCGAAAUCACUUAA